AUGGGUGCUUACAAGUAUUUGGAAGAAUUACAAAGAAAGAAACAAUCUGAUGUUUUAAGAUUCCUACAAAGAAUCAGAGUCUGGGAAUACAGACAAAAGAACGUCAUCCACAGGGCCUCUAGACCAACUAGACCAGACAAGGCUAGAAGAUUAGGUUACAAGGCCAAGCAAGGUUUCGUCAUCUACAGAGUUAGAGUUAGAAGAGGUAACAGAAAGAGACCUGUUCCAAAGGGUGCUACUUACGGUAAGCCAACUAACCAAGGUGUCAGUGAAUUGAAAUACCAAAGAUCCUUAAGAGCUACCGCUGAAGAAAGAGUUGGUCGUAGAGCCGCUAACUUAAGAGUCUUAAACUCUUACUGGGUUAACCAAGACUCUACCUACAAGUACUUCGAAGUUAUCUUAGUUGAUCCUCAACACAAGGCUAUCAGAAGAGAUGCUCGUUACAACUGGAUCUGUAACCCAGUCCACAAGCACCGUGAAAACAGAGGCUUAACUGCUACUGGUAAGAAAUCCAGAGGUAUCAACAAGGGUCACAAGUUCAACAACACCAAGGCUGGUAGAAGAAAGACCUGGAAGAGACAAAACACUUUAUCCUUAUGGAGAUACAGAAAAUAA